GGCGGCGACGCAGUCAUGCGGUUCCCGGAGCGCUUCCCCUGCGCCCUCCUGGCGGCGGCGGCCGUGGCCAUGGCCUGCGUGCUGGCCCAGCGAGCGCCCCCGUGGACAGAGGAUUGCAGAAAAUCCACCUACCCUCCUUCUGGGCCCACGUACAGAGGUCCGGUGCCGUGGUACACCAUCAAUCUUGACUUACCCCCGUACAAGCGAUGGCACGAGGUCAUCACAGACAUGUCACCAGGGUUACGUAACAUUGUGCAGAACGUGAAGAACAUGAUCAAUGCUUUCUCUCCUAGUGGGAAAGUUAUGAAGAUGGUGGAUGAGCGCUUGCCCAGCCUGCUUGGCAACCUUCCCUGGCCCUUCGAGGAGGAGAUGAAGGGGAUUGCAGACGUGUCAGGAGUCCCCCUAGGUGAGGUCCUUUCUUUCAACAUUUUCUACGAACUCUUCACUAUCUGUACAUCCAUCAUAGCAGAAGAUAAGAAAGGUCAUUUGUUCCAUGUUAGAAAUAUGGAUUUUGGUGUCUUUCUUGGGUGGAACAUGAACAAUAAUUCCUGGACUGUGACGGAAAACCUGAAGCCGAUAACGGUGAAUCUGGAUUUCCAGAAGAACAAUCAGACGGUCUUCAAAGCCACCUCGUUUGCAGGCUACGUGGGCACGCUGACAGGCAUGAAGCCAGGAACCUUCAGCCUGACCCUGAAUGAGCGCUUCAAUGCCAACGGGGGCUUCCUGGGCAUCAUAGAGUGGAUGUUGGGCAGAAGAGAAGCCACGUGGAUAGGGUUCCUUAUGAGAAACGUGCUGGAGAACGCCACAAGCUACGAAGACGCCAAGAACCUACUCAUCAAAACCACGAUCCUGGCCCCGGCCUACUUCAUCCUGGGGGGCAACAAGUCCGGGGAGGGCUGCGUGAUCACUCGGGACCGAAAGGCCACCUUGGACGUCUACGAGCUCAAGCCCAAGGAGGGCAGGUGGUUCUUGGUGGAGACCAACUAUGACCGCUGGAAAAGCCCCUUCUUCAUGGAUGACCGGAGGAAGCCCGCCACCCUCUGCUUAAACCAAACCACACAAGAGAACAUCUCGUUGGCCUCCUCCUAUGACGUCCUGUCCACAAAACCAGUUCUAAACAAGCUCACUGUCUACACCGCACUGAUCGACAUUCCCAGUGACGUGUACGAGUCCUACCUGCGCGACUGCCCAGACCCUUGUAUCGGCUGGUGAGGAGCGGGCGUCUGGACUGCAGCGGGAUCUUGGGAGCUCUUGUGCCCCGCGACGAGGGGAGCUCUGUGCAGGCAGGCCCCAGGACCAGCUUCAGAAGGCGCCUAGGACCCCAGGCUCGUCCUCACUUCCUCGUGCUUGUUGACAAUCUGGGGAGUUCACUCUAACACUGAUCCUUUGUGAUUCUUUCUGAACUUGCCAGUAAUUGCUAGGAAAAUGAAGCAGUCCUUUGGAAUCCAAGUCGCCAGCCUCUCCUGAAUGUGUGCCAGGCCUUACUCUUGGCUUAGGGCCCUCUGGUACCCUUGAAUGGUGGGAGGGGGUCCCGCGGGCCAGGCCCAUUCCACAGCCCCGCAGGAUCCCGGUCAGCCCGUGGUCACACCGGAGCCCGGAUGGUACCUGGAGGGAUGUGGUCAGCCGAAAGAGACGGUCGGUUUUGGCUGAGUGACCACAGGCUUCUUUUUCUCCCUGAUAAAAUAAACACACUGUUGUGCAA